AAAUGGCGUUGUCUAGUAGAUGGAAACUUCUGAAUAAAGAGUUAGGCAAAUGGAGAAAUGUCUUGACAAAAGCAAGGGAGAACAUUCGAAGCGGUCAAAAUCUAUCCGAUGAGAUCAUACAAGCACAAAUGUGGUUCGGUGCCAUGGGGCAAGGCAAAAAAAGUUUCGUGCAUUUUCAAUGUUGGGAAGUUGUGAAGGAUUGUUCGAGAUUCAAAAUUAUUCCAACCGGUCCGCCGGUUGUGUUGAAUGAGACGUCGCUCCACGAUUCACCAUCAACUGAUUCGCCAUUGGACUCCCCAAUGGAAACGAAGUCACCACUCCCACGUCUGCCGAGACCUAUUGGGAGAAAGGCGGCAAAGGCCAAGAGAGCGGCACUUCGAACAAUGAAUGUGUACAAUUAUUGGAGCAAAUAGAUAAGAACACCUCACUAAGAAUUGAGAGAGACUUGAAAAGAGAUGAAGUGGACAAGGCACGAGAGGAAACAUUUGCAAUUCAACAGCAGCAUGCACAAGAAAAAGACAUGGAUGAUAGAGAGAUGAAAAUCAUGGCCAUGGAUACGAGCCAUAUGUCUCCUGAAACA